AUGUGGAAUUUCUCAAGAUCCACUAGAGCCGCCAAUGAGAUAAAACUGCCAUACACCAAUACGAUUCAUUGCAGAUGGCCGCCUUUAACCCUGGACCAUAUUCGCACUGAAAACAACGCUUAUAAUCUUACACUCUGCACGAAACUGCGGACAAAUGCUUCGGAAAAUAGCUCAACCACUACCUAUCUAAUUCAGAGCCUUUUUCGUAAUGUUACGGGUAAAAAGUGGGUUUCCUUUGAGGAAAUCGGCGACUAUGAUCGGUCCAUCUGGAAGCGGGCUAUAUAUCCCAACGUCUAUCGAACCUACCCACAGGAUGUCCCAAUUAAGUACGAAAUUAAGGCAAUUAAAUCUGGGUUUCCUGUUUCUGUGAUGCCCAAUUACAACUUCCCAAUUCACAUUCUGAAUACCAGCAAAUCAGUCUGUUCAGGAAGCACCAAAUACGACCUGGUGAUAAUUGUUAAAAGUGGAGUUUUCGGUUGGGAAAGACGGAAACAGUUCCGUGCAUUUAUGCAACGCCAGAAAGACCUCAAUCCCAACACAAAACUGGGAGUUGUUUUUAGCAUUGGUGUGCCAAGGCAGUAUGGAGGACGCAUGUUCUACCGCGAUGGUCAUACUCUAAUAUUGAGAGGACCAGCUGGUGACAUGAUGGAUAAAUACAUCGGAAGAGGCAGUGAAGUGAUGCAGAAAAUCGAAGAGGAGAUGCGGAAAUACGACGACAUUGUGCUAGCAGACUACGAGGACACCUAUUACAAUCUCACAUGGAAAACGGUGACGAACCUUCGUUGGAUUUCGGCCUUCUGUGAUAAACUACAUAAUGACGUGUUUAUGAUAAUCGACGAUGACCACAGGAUGAAUGUAUCCAUGUUGAUGAAAUUCCUGGCCUCGGUUCCAAGAGACAAAAGGAGGACAUCGAUUUUCGGUCGCAUAGCAAGAAGCGAUGGAGCAUUUCGAUCACCACUAAGUAAGCUGUAUCUUUCAUUUCGGGAAAUUCCAUGGGACGUAAUGUGUGCUUAUCCUCGCGGAUUCUGCCAGUUGAUAGGAGCUGACAUCGUGGACGACAUGGCGAUUGGGUCAGCGUACACGCGGUACAAUUAUGUACACGAAGACGUGUACCUGGGUCUAUUGGCAUUUAAGUUGAGCAUUCACCUAUACAAUAUUUAUAACAUGUUUGACCAUCGAAUGUUUGAACGCAGAUGGCCGACAAAUUCAUCAUUCAUGGUGGCCGAAAGUAGAUAUUGGGACAUUGUUUGA